AUGAAGGCAUCCCAAUCGCCCGUUGAUGCUUCACAAUCAACGCAGAAGAAACAGCAAUCCAUCUCCAGCUUCUUCACGCAAAGACCUGCCGCCACGCCGAAACCGAAAGUCAAGGACAUACCAGCACCACGACCUUCAGCGACGCCUGAUCAAAACAAUGGACCUUUCGUUAGCCAAGAUGAUUCACCUCAUACCAAUGGUUUCCGAAAGCCAUCACUACCACAGAAGCGGUCAAUAGCAGACGAUGAGGAAGACGUCAGGCCAACGAGUCCGAAGCGACUACGGGAGAGCCACGAUGCAAGCAACAAAGGCCCCAAGGUCACAGCAAGAACGUCGAAGUAUGCCUUCUCCAGCGAUCCGGCUCCAGUCGAAGAUGACGGUGUCCUCGAUGAGGCAGAACAAGAGGAAGUUCGAAAGAUCAAGGAAAGACUACACGACAAGUUUGUCAAGAAGCUAGGCCGACCAGACAGCAUAGCAGACAUCAAGAGGCGCAAUGGCUGGAUCACAGAAGAGACAGAAGCUGCGGAAGAGGGUUCAGAGGAUGACGACGACGAGGCCGAGUCACCACCACCUGCAAAGAAGGGCAAGAAAGCACCAGCACGAGGGAAGAAGCUCACGCCUAUGGAACAGCAGAUUGUUGACUUGAAGCGGAAACACCCUGAUGCUCUGCUUGUGGUGGAGGCCGGGUACAAGUAUCGUCUAUUCGGUGAAGACGCCCGAGUCGCGGCCAAAGUGCUUGCUAUUGUGUGUAUUCCAGGGAAGUUCCGAUUCGAUGAGCACCCUCCAGAGGCACAUAUGAACAGGUUUGCUUCGGCAAGCUUUCCGACACAUCGGCUGCAUGUCCAUGUACGGCGGCUUGUCUCGGCUGGCCACAAAGUCGGAAUUGUCAGACAGCUGGAAACUGCUGCCUUGAAAGCCAUCGGCACAAACAAGAGCAAGAUCUUUGAAAGAGGUCUGACGAAUUUGUACACGAAGGGUACGUACAUUGACGACCAAGACGGCCUUGAGCUCAGCGGUGCGAAUGGUGGAGCGCCGGCGACAGGGCAUCUGCUGUGCAUCACAGAGAGCUACCCGAAAGGCGUAGGCUCUGACGAGAAAGUGCAGAUCGGCAUGGUGGCAGUACAGCCAUCGACUGGAGACAUCAUAUAUGAUGACUUUGAAGAUGGCUGGAUGCGAAGCGAACUGGAGACUCGUCUACUACACAUCUCACCCUGUGAAUUCUUGCUUGUGGGUGAGCUAUCGAAGGCGACGAAAAAGCUAGUGCAGCAUCUGUCUGGCGGCGAUGAUGCUCGUCUCGAGCGGGUGGACAAACCGAAGACCAUGGCUGCGACCUCUUACAGUCACAUCACCAAGUUCUAUGCUGACAAGCUGAAGGGAAGCGAGCUGCCAUCCUCGCAGGUGGAAUCGUCGCAGGAGACUGGCACACUGCUGGAUAAGGUCCAUAAACUGUCCGAAAACGCUACAAUCUGCCUGUCAGCUAUGAUCACGCAUCUGAAGGACUACGGCCUGGAACAUGUGUUCGAUCUGACAAAGUACUUUCAGUCAUUCAGUGCCAGGUCUCAUAUGCUGCUCAAUGGCAACACCUUGACAAGUCUUGAGAUUUACCGCAACCAGACUGAUCAGUCCGAGCGCGGCAGCCUAUUCUGGACUCUCAACCGCACGCAGACUAAGUUUGGGCAAAGACUCCUUCGGAAGUGGGUGGGAAGGCCACUUCUUGAUAAAGCUAGGCUUGAUGAGCGUGUGGCUGCUGUGGAAGAGCUCAAAGCCGGCAGCGCCAACCCUGAAGUCGAUCGCAUAACCCGACUGCUGGGCAAAGUCAGAGCGGACUUGGAGAAGACCUUGAUCCGGAUCUACUACAAGCGAGCUGCCCGACCAGAGCUGUUGUCUUUCAUGCAGAGCCUUCAGCUCAUCUCGCAAGAGUACGCCCACGUCACAUCGCCUGCAGAAGCCGGGUUCGAAUCAAGCAUGGUCAGCGAGGCGAUCGCAUCACUACCUCGCAUUUCAGAUGAGGUGAUCUCGUACUUGAAUCGGAUCAACGCCCAAGCCGCCAAGGACAACGACAAGUAUAACUUCUUCAGGGACGAGUACGAGACAGAACCCAUGACUGAUCACAAGGUUGGCAUUGUCGCUGUCGAGCAUGAUCUCAGCGAGUUCAAGACGGUGGCUGCCAAUAUCCUCAAGCGGAAGCAAGUCACCUAUGUUACUUCAGCCGACAUCGACUACCUGAUCGAGCUUGACAAUACCCAGCUCAAGAACGUUCCAGCUUCUUGGAUCAAGAUCAGUGGGACGAAGAAGGUUUCUCGUUAUCAUGCUCCCGAAGUUGUGAAGCUCAUCCGCGAGCGUGAUCAGCAUAAGGAGGCGCUGUCCAACGCUUGCGAUGAUGCCUUCAAGGAUCUGCUUACAGAGAUCGGUGGCAAGUAUCAAGCAUUCCGGGAUUGCAUACAGUCGCUGGCAUUGCUUGACUGUCUUUCAUCGUUGGCGGAGGUCGCUCAACAGCCUGGGUACUGCAAGCCUACUUUUACCGACACUCCCGGCAUCUCCAUCGACCAAGGACGUCAUCCAAUGGUUGAGCAGCUUCUGCUUGAUACUUUCGUGCCGAAUGAUGUUAAGCUCAGUGCAGAUGCCACUCGAACCUUGCUCAUCACAGGUCCGAACAUGGGCGGGAAGUCGUCCUAUGUGCGCUCAGUGGCGUUGAUCGCAAUCAUGGCGCAGAUAGGCUCAUACGUCCCUGCAGACUCAGCAGAGCUCGGGCUUCUGGACGCCGUCUUCACUCGCAUGGGCGCUUUCGAUAACAUGAUGAAAGGAGAAAGCACCUUCAUGGUCGAACUUGGCGAGACUUCUGACAUUCUCAAGCAAGCAACGCCUCGCAGUCUCGUCAUUCUUGAUGAGCUCGGUCGUGGUACGAGCACACAUGAUGGAGUUGCCAUCGCGCAGGCUGUGCUGCAGCAUGUCGUCUCGCAAUUAAAAUCGUUCACACUGUUCAUCACCCAUUACCAGAGCCUGGCAAGAGUUGCGGAGCAGUAUCCCGUGGGCGAGCUGAAGAAUGUCCACAUGCGCUUUACCGAGCAAGAUGGUGAGAGUGCGGAGGGCGAGCAAGAUGUCACCUUCUUGUACGAGGUGGGAGAGGGUGUUGCACAUCGUAGCUAUGGUCUGAAUGUUGCGAAGGCAGCGGGCUUGCCGAAGUCUCUGCUGGAGGAGGCUUCAAAGAGGAGUAAGGCUAUGGAAGAGGAGGAGAUGAGACGGAGGCUUGGAUACCUUUCUGGUGCUAUGAAAGGUUUGAUGAAUGGAGGGGAUGUGACGGGUCUGGCGCAUCUGGUUGCUGGGAUGGAGCAGUUGUGA